AUGAGUGACCGAUCAAGAAAGGGUUUUUCCAAAAUUUAUCAACAGUUUUUCCCUUAUGGUGAUCCUAGUAAAUUUGCAUCUUUUGUUUUUAAUGUAUUUGAUGAAAACAAAGAUGGAUAUAUAGAAUUUGGUGAGUUUCUACAGGCACUGUCUGUUACCUCUAGAGGUAAUGUAGAAGAAAAACUCAAAUGGGCAUUUAAACUGUAUGAUAUAGAUAAUGAUGGUUUUAUAACUAAAGUAGAAUUAUUAGAUAUAGUAGAAGCUAUUUAUCAAAUGGUGGGUGGUAUGGUCAAUUUACCAGAAGAAGAAAAUACACCAGAAAAACGGGUCAAUCGAAUAUUUGCUGUGAUGGAUAAGAAUAAAGAUAACAAAUUAACAUUUGAUGAAUUUCUGGAAGGUUCAAAGGAAGAUCCAACUAUAAUUCAAGCAUUGACUCUAUGUGAUGCUAGUCGAGGAUAA